AGACAUUAUUUGAUGUCGCAUUAAUUAAGCGACAUCUUUAGUUCAAAGGUUUUUGAAAAUUAUUGAUCUCGAGUAUAAAGAUUAGUUAAAUAUUUGAUAACAUAUUAUUGAAAUAUAUCAUAUACCAUCCAUAACAAUGUCUGAAAUAUUGAAACCCAAGAAGACAAACCCUCGUGGUAUUCCUGAAGCUCCAUUCAUAGAUAAAGUUGAAACCAUUAUCAAGAACCCCGACCAAGAUUUUGAAAAUGUGAUUCAAUCAUUUCAAGAAAGAUUACAACAAUAUAAGUAUAUGGAAUUAUCCAAACAACAACAAUUAGCUGAUUUAAAUAUUAAAAUACCCGAUAUUGAGAAAAACUUGGAUAUCAUUAAUUAUAUUAAAGAAAAGAAAGCUGAAGAAGAUGAUGAAGAAGAUGAAGAUAAUGAAGAUGGUAAAGUCAUAGUGACAAACUAUGAAUUGAACGAUACGUUAUAUAAUAAAGCAAGUAUAGAUGUGGAGAAUCUCAAUUCAGUGUAUUUAUGGUUAGGAGCAGAAGUUAUGUUAGAAUAUCCAUUAGAUGAAGCUGUUGAAUUAUUGAAUGAUAGAUUAAAGAAGAAUAAUGAUCAAUUAGCCAUUAUAAAGGAAGAUUUAGAAUUCUUAAAGGAGAAUAUAACAACUAUGGAAGUGAAUACUGCCAGAUUAUAUAAUUGGGAUGUUGAAAGAAGAAAGAAAGAAAAAGUUACUGCUUAAUUAUAUCAUUAUUGUAUAUAGCUUUUCAUU